AUGGCUUCCGCAUUCCUAUCCAGGACAGCACCCGCCGAGCUAGUGCUCUGCAUCCUCGACGCUUGCGAAUCGGCCAGAGACGCGUUGGCGCUCAGCUCAGCCUGCCGAAUGCUGUUCCACAUAGGCCGCUCCCACGCCGCCCGCAUUACCGACCUGGUUGCCGCAGCUGAGCGCCGCCGAGAGCUGCCGCCCACGCGCAUUUUCCCCGGUGAUCUAGCCAGCAGCCGUCGGGCGCCGUCCAUGCCAGAGCUGGAGGCCGCUUUUUCUCUUAGCCGCUUGGUGAAACUAUUCGAGUGCCAUCUCCUGUGGAGCGAUCUCGAAUAUCCGGAUGAUCGUCCCUAUCACGGCGACCCCGAAGAGGACGAGCGCAUGGCCGAGUUCACUGCCCGCUUGCACAAGGCCUUUUACCGCGUCCUCAUUGCCGGCGCAGCCCUCGCUGGCGCUUACCACGAGCCCAUGUUCAAGGCCAAGUUGGAACCGGGCCUGGGACUACCCAAGCCGGGCGCUGAUGCCGAACGUCUCACGGCGGAGCAACUCGCGUUCCUCGAACAAUUCGCCGUUUGCAAUCUGGACCCGGCCCCCGAGGCAGAGGAAGCCGUCUUCGGCCCUCUCGGCAACUGGCUACUGGAAACCAUCUUAGCCGACCAUGCCGCUCGGGAGGCGAUGGCCAGACGCUUCCGAGAAGGCUACGGCCGGGCAAAGUACUGCCUGAGCCGUUCCGACUGCCCCGUAACCGAGGUUGGCGGAGGUAAUAAUCACUCGGAUGCUCAUCUAGUAGUCUGGGAGCUCAUGCAAAUGCUCUGGGCUCACGAAUAUAUCUCGUUCGUGAUGCAGACUUCCUUGAUGGCCCGCGACAAUGAACUCGAUGCCGCGGAUUGGCUGGCGCCCGGCGAGACCGCCGCUCGUGCCGUGUUCCUUGGCGUAUUCAACACAGAGGAGAUAGAGCUCGUUGAGGAGUCGGCGAGCCUCGUUGACCUGUACAACCUGUGCUCGCGGCUUCCCUACGUCCCCACGGACGAAGUGCGCACCGAUCUGUUGGACUCCGAGGCGACGGUCUGGGGCACCAGUGCCGCAAUCUUCUGCCCCUGGAUCCACGGCUGCUCGGGGCGCCCCAACUGGUACUGCAUUGGGGAGGAGCUAGGCGGGCCCGUCGCACCCAUGGACUUGCAUUUCUUCGAAUACUUCUUGCGGAGGCAUCUUCGUCUUCGCCUUCUGCCCAACUUGUUCGAUGAAGACAUUGGAGAACCGAUAUUUCGCGAAUUUCAACGGUGCGUCGGCAUCUUCUCACAUGACGACGUGGAGGGCCGCCCACCAUACACGGACCCAGAUUUUCCACUCAGUGCCGGCUUCCUCGACGGCACCGAGCUCCUCACGGCGUUCGACCCGCGGCCGGCUCGCGUCUUCGUGCGCAAAGCUGGCUGGUGGCGACUCCGUAUAUGGUAG